AUCUUCAGGGAGCUGUCGUGUCGUUCGUGGUACAGUCAAUGGAAAUAGUCAGAAACUUAUUUUCUGUUUCCGGGGGAGAAAUGCGCGCACUUCUUACGCAGAGAUGCGCAUACCCGUCGCAAAUAUGAUCUUCUUGAGCAGACAUUAAGGCGAGUUCCGCGUACGCUUGUUUUUAACUGCAGAGUGAGCGCCUGGGCGGUGUUAAGCUGUUUCCCUUUACAGACGGAUGUUCCCGCCCUUUUAAAAGGCUCUGUGUAAUAAAGCGCGCGCCUCCUGCUGUUGUUGAUAUCUGAAACGUUAGCAGCUCGUGUUAGCCCAAAUUUAUCACAUCAUGGUUAAGAGGCAGAGACAUGAGGGUCACAGGUCCGAGUUUUCCCUCAGAGGACGAUCAUCCAGCUGAGAUGUAAGAGGAGCUGAAGGAGGCUAAGCUAACAUUAACUUUGCUCUAAGUUAGCUAACAUCAACUGUGAGUCUCUCUAACCAGAGUUACGGUUUUUAAAAACACGUCAAACUGUCCAGAUAUGAGUGUCAGCGUGUCUAAAUCCGCGGACAUGUCUCUGCCUCCGGACUGGGACGACGAUGAGCGGAUGGAGUUCAUGUUUUCAGGCUUUAAGGAGAACCGGGAGGUGAACCCCGCAGACUGGGACAGUAAGACGGACUUCUGGACCCCCCUGAUCAUCAGGUCCUGCAGGGACCGGGGUUCGGUCUGUGUCAGUCUGCAGGAUCUCAACAAGACCUUCAAGAGGAAAGAGAAGUCCCCUCUGGGUUUGGGGACAGUCAUCCAGUCCAUGUCCAGGUACCUGUCCUCCUCCUGUCCCGGUCUCAGCGGUCUGUUAUUGUCAGUCUGGUCUAACCCUGUCUUUCUGAUCCUGGACCAGGUCUGGGAAGAUCCAGAGGGAGUCCGAGUUUGCUGCCAAUGUGGACUGUGGGUGGCUGUCGUGGGGUGUGGGCCUGCUGCUGGUGAAGCCUCUGAAGUGGACCUUCUCGACUCUUCUGGGGAGCAGCAGGGUCACUCUGGAGGAGUCUUUUGUGAUCAUCGAGUUAGUCAAGGUUAGUCCAGGUCCUGGUUUCAGGAUUUAGGUCAGAGACAGUUCAGGACAGGAACCUUUAAACUCACUACAAUAAAACAGUCAGAGGUUUAUUAUUCCUUUAUUUUUAUCUCUUUAACCCUCCAUUAUCACCCUUUGAUUGUUAUUACUCACUGUAAAUGAAGUUCAGCUGAAGGUUGAGUAACUCACGUUGUAAACUUUCAGAUGCACUAAAUAGUUUCUCUUUCACUAUGAGACAAGUCUGACUAAUAAAACAGCUGCUUCAUAUUACAGGGAUAUUCCAGUGUAAAAUUAAUUUAGGGUCAAACACACCAUAACAUUGAGUUAGACACCCCCGUCGAGAGAUGAAAGUUGCCAACUGCUUGCUUCUCUAGUUAUACCAACUUCAGUAAUGACCGCACGACAGCAAUACACAGCAAUCUACAUCUCCACGCUCAACCAAAACGCCACUCGAUAGCCACAAAUGAUGCUCAGAACAGCAUCUAACUUCAUCAACAGGACAUAUAGGGUCACAGCCAUAGUACUAGACACCAAACAUCUUUUUAACUUUGGCUAAUUUCUUUAGCAAAGAGACUAAACACAACUCACCUACUCUUUUCCAGCAGCCGCUUGUUUGUAGGGAGACCUCAACCCAGUCCAUUAGGGACUACAGCGGGGUGCAGCAGCUCAAGGAAGAACAUUUAUGAUCAUUUCUUUAUCAUUUCCUUGAAGUAAUAAUCACCAUAUUAAUCAUUUUGCACCGCAGACCCGGAAGUUCUUCUGCCUUAGUGUCUCAGUCUGAUGGUGUUUCCGUGGAAACAUGAUCAUAAAUGUUCUUCCUUGAGCUGCGUCACCCCACUGUAGUCCAUAAUGGACUGGCCUGAGGUCUCGCUACAAACAAGCGGCUGCUGGAAGAGAGUAGGUGAGUUGUGUUUAGUCUCUUUGCUAAAGAAAUUAGUCAAAGUUAAAAAGAUGUUUGGUGUCUAGUACUAUGUCUGGGACCCUAUAUGUCCUGUUGAUGAAGUUAGGUGCUGUUCUGAACAUUAUUUGUGGCUAUAGAGUGGCGUUUUGGUUGAGUGCGUGGUUCUGUGUAUUGCUAUCCUGCGGCCGUUACUAAAGUUGGUAUAACUAGAGAAGCAAGCGGUCGGCAACAUUCAUCUCUGGACGGGGGUGUCUAACUCGGUGUUACGGUGUGUUUGACUCUAGAUUAAUUUUACGCCGGAAUAUCCCUUUAAAGCUCCCUGCAAACUCUUGAGUUUGUCCCUGAAUCAUUAAAUUUGUUCUGUCUCGUUUACCAGGAGAAAGCAGAGGAGUUACUCAGGGCGUACCGCAGCAGCGAAUAUGCAAGCAGCUCCAUCCUGUCCUUUCAAGACCUCUGCACCCUCUCCGCUGAUGUGUGUGCCGAUGAAAGCACGCUGUGCAUGGCUCUCCUGCAGCUUCAGAGGGACAAACAAGUCACAGUGUCGCUGCAUGAAGGCGAGAAGGUAAAGUGCAUGGAUCCACCCAGAAAACUUCUCAUUGUUUGGGAGAAGACCAUCUUCAUGUCUAUUUUUAUCUGUGUAACUUGAUUUCAGAUUGUUAAGUUCUGUCAGCCCGGCCAGGAUCGUGUGCCUCCUGUCAGUGAUGUGGAUAUCGGCAUCUACCAGCUGCAGCGCAGUGAGAAGCUGCUGGGGGAGCGAGUGGAGAAGCUGGGCCUGGAGGCUGACAAGUACGGAAACUCAAAUAUGAUCAUAAUAGUCGAAAAAUGAGCUGAAUUGACUUAUAAUGAGUUUAAAUCAACUGUAAAAGUCUGACUUGACCUGGAAAGGGGGAGAGAUGAUCCUCUAAUUCAGACUAAUUUCACCUGCAUGUCCAAGUGUCCUGAGCGAGAAACUGAAUCCCAAAUUGCUUCCAGGGAAUAUUGCAAUCAUUAUCUGAGUGUGUCAAAGUGCAGUUUGAAUUAGCUCCUGAUGCACCAGAGGGGCAUCUCCAAACUUUGAUGUAUGAAUGAGUGAACUAUAAAGUGGCUGUAUGAAUGUGAUUCACUCACCAUCCCUGUUAAAGCUGCUCUCCAUUAUCUAAUGCAGGUGUAAAGAGGAAGCGAGGAUGCUGCUUCGGGACGGGAAGAAAACACAGGUGAUUUAAAUACUCAACUACAAACACAGUUUCUUCAAGAAGUCGUAGCUCUGUGUUUUAUCAGGAAUAUUCACUGUUUGUCCUUCAGGCUCUGAGGUGUUUAAGAGGCCGUAAGAGGGUGGAGAAAAGAGCCAAUAACUUGUUCGCCCAGCUGGAGUCCAUCAGAGGAAUCCUGGACCGGAUCGCUCAGUCUCAGACUGAUAAAAUGGUGAAGUUCAGACACAAACAGCUGCUUCUGACGCGGUUUUCUGAGAGUUUUCUGUGUUUUUAUUUCGGGUAUAAUAUGUUCGUAGGUUAUGCAGGCGUAUCAGGCUGGAGUGUCCGCACUGAGACUGUCACUCAAAGAUGUGACUGUGGAACGAGCCGAGAACCUUGUGGAUCAAAUACAGGAGGUACUUCAGUGCUUUUAUUUUAACUUUUCAGCAUGUGUAUCAAGUUUGAAUCCCACACUGACGCCUCUUUUCUCUGAUUUAUCCAGUUAUGUGACACUCAAGACGAGGUGAAUCAAACCAUCUCCAGCGUUAGCGGCGGAGGUACGUUCAAACUUUCAGAGUCACAUCUUCUGUUUGUCUCCUGUAUGAGGAGCAUGAUGGAGAUUUAAACCUGGUUUGUGUCUGUAGAUGAGGACAUCGAUGAGUUGGAGCUAGAACUGAAAUCUCUGUUGGAUGAGUCAAAGACCGAUUCCAUCUCGGAUCUUCCUGAAGUUCCCACAAACAAACUGCGGCCCUCCGGGGAGGCGGGACUUGCAGGCGCAGACCUGCUGAGCUCUCUGCCUGCUGUACCUUUCAAACCUUUGGAUCUGUCAGACGAGCAGCUGGAGGCAGAGCUGAAUAAGUUAACGCUCACAGAUUCAGGUUUGCACUUUCAGAUUUAUCCUUUAAUUUCUCCGUUGGGUUAUAAUAUAAAUGUUUUGAAGUAAAUCCGUCACCUCUCUGUCCAGGCUUUGACCAGAAGAAAACGGCGUCCGCAGCCAGGAGACUGGAGCCGGCACAGUGAGAGCGCAAGCACACGACUCUGCUUCGACAUAUCCGACUCUCCUGAAAAGUUUCUGUGAGUCAGACUCAAUAGAAAUGAAAAAAAACAAAACACAUUAAUGGUUAAUAAUUCAAUUUCAGGUUGAAAAAGAGACACUUUACUUCAAAUUAAAGAAUAUAUCUUUACCGUGGAGAGCUGCCAUAAAGUAUUUUAUAUCCUUUUUUAUUUGUUUAUCAACUUGAAGGCCGUUAGACGGUCUCUGCCAUCAACGUUCGACGUGAACCUUUAGGAGUUCGUCACCAUCAGUAACGCUGUUCUUUUGGUUGUUUUAUCCAGUGAGUUCGGGUUUUUGUGUCACUGUUUUUAAAUGUCCUGUAAAGUGUAUGAAGUGGCCUUUUGAAAUGUAAAUAUUAAAGUUAAAGUUAAAGAGAGUAUAAUGCCAAAUGAAUGAAUGAAUGAUGAGUUAUCAGAACCACUCAUUAAGUCUCAUUACAACAAACUGUAUGAGUGAGAACAUGAAACCUGUCUGGAGUGUAAUCUACCAAAUAUGUUUCUCAGAAUAAAAUUUAUUUUAAUCAGUUC